AUGGACAAUGCCGAGGCGUUCGGGGGUCAGCUAUACAAUUUUUGGGAAAACUACCAAGUAGUUGACCCUGACUUUGCGUUUUUCCGUGAAUACCCAAAAGCUGAAUGGAAUCGCUCAAUACCGAUUGCCAUCCAUGGUGAUGAAGGGCCAUCGAUGUGCACGCGUUUGCUCUACACGGUGCUACCUUCUCCAUACACCAAGGACAGCUUCCAGCGGCUACUUCGGUUGCUGACUGACGAUCUGAAGUCAUUGCAGGAGCCUGGAUUUACUGUUGACUGGAAUGGGAAGAAGCACAACUAUCGACUCAUAUUUACUGGGUGUAAAGGUGAAUGGUAUGACGUCAAGGGUGCCAUGAGAUCCUUGACACCUUCAGCUACAAACCCGAACCCGUUCAAGGCUGAUGAGCCCAGGAGUCCACUUCGGGAUCUUUUGACUGGGGAUGACACAAGAUACAUUCGGAUUGACCCUGCCCAUACGUUUGCAAUCGAUGGAAUCGGGAAAGAUUUCUUGGCCAGUACAAUCGUUAUGUUAGUUCGGAUGUGGCAUUUUGGUAGAGGAAAUGCAGGGCAUGCACUGCAGAAUGCCUAUGCUAGCUUCAUGGCCUAUUGCUCAGCACGUAAGAAGACGACCAGUAUCCAGGAUUUCAGCUUUGCCACCCUCAAACUCCCUCAGAACACGCUGAAAGGUUUCCCACGUGGUUUGGGAAAAGGACAUGACGCCGCUGUUCUCGGCGCCUGGCUUGCGGAGGAAGUGCAACAGAUCUCGGCAGCCUCAGUCGACCCGCAGUAUCGGGACAUCCUGGAAGUCAUCAAACUUACCUGCUGUUCCAAUGACCGCUUCUGGCGAACCAUCUACGAGCAUGGGGUAUGGAUUCCGUAUGAUGUGGGAGUUCAAAUUGUACAAGAUGGAUGGGCUUUCACAGUCUCCCCCAGGAUCCCGAAGGCUCUCCAGUUGGAGGUGUUCGAUGUGGCCAGUGGUCGAGGGGGCGAUCAACUGAAGUUUGUGAAGGCUGCUGAAAUGGCCCAAAGAAGGCUGUGCUAUAAUGCCAUGGACAUCUCUGAGGCCCAAGUCCUGGAAGCUCAAAAGCGCUUACGCCAGCGGAUGCCUCACCUCAGCACUUUGGACUGCGCUCGCUUCUUUAUCGGGGACGUGACUCUGGCGCCGCCAAAGUUGCCAGAAGGCCCUUUGCUGCCGUGGCAGCAGGUGGUUUCCAUCGAAUUCGCCCUGCAUUACGCUUUUGGCAGUGAAUCUUCGGCUCGAAGUUUCCUGGAUCAUGCCACACGCCGACUAUGUGCAGGAGGAUUGCUUCUCAUUACCACUGUUGACGCAAAUGAAAUUUCCAAGCUGGCAGCAAAGGCAAGGGAGAAACAGGAGCUCUGCUGGGAAAAUGGGCUGCUGAAGAUCAGCUUUGAAAGCUUUGAAGAGCUCGAAAGGAUAGCUGACGCGGAUGAGAGGUUUGGGUUGCGCUACCGAUUUAACCUGGCUGGUGAAGGUAUCGACUGCCAGGAGUACGUGGUGCCAGAGGAUUGUUUGGUGCCCUUGCUGCACGAACUUGACUUUGAUCUGGUGACCAACGCGUCGGACAAGGCAGCAGUUUGCUUCACGGAGCUCCUUGAGCAAGAAGACUUCUCCUCGAGGAAUCUGGCAAGGGCCAUCCUCACCAGGCUUGGAUGCGACCAAGUGGAGGAAGCCGGUGAUGUCUCGGUCUAUGACCGGCUUGGACUGAAGAUCAACAGGGAAGAGGAAGAGGUUCUGUCGCUCUACAAGUGGGGAAGCUCAGCGGAGGAGACCACUAUGGAUCUACAGCUGAAAUACUCUGAUUUCAGAAAGGUCCUCUACGAAGGCGACCCGGUGAUUCCAGGCACCUACGACAACGUCACGGCGUUGCAAUGUCAAGCCUAUUGCAAUCUCAACGCCAACUGCAGUUCCUUCUCCUUUUGUGGCAGUUCUUGCUACCUGAAGAAGGCCUGCAUCAUGGAUCAUGAGCCACUAGUCGACAAUGCCAGCUGGAACGGCGAGUGCGUCACGUAUUGGAAGCGCUGCAGUGCCCUGGAGGGAUACGAAGUCACUGAACGGCUCUUGUCGGAGCAGGGUGUGGAGAUUGAGAAUGUCAUGACAGACAACUUGGGUGUCUGUGCAACUGCCUGUGAUGAAAAUCCGGGCUGCAACUCCUUCUCCUUCUAUGCUCCCUCCAGGGGCUGUCACCUGAAGGCGAAGUGUGUGGAAGCCACCGAUGCUUUGAUCCCAGUGGAUAGCCCUGCAGCAGUCUAUCGGACCUUCUAUCGCUGUUGUACCUGCAGUAGCACCACCACCACUAGCACCAUGUCACCAUGGCAAAGCUUGCCCAGAGCAGUCGCCUUUGAAGGCGCGGGAGCAACACCUGGUACCUAUGAGGGCUACACAGUCAGCGACUGCCAGAUCUUGUGUGAUGCCAACCCCUACUGCAAUUCCUUUACCUUUUGCAGCUCCUCAUGCUACAUGAAAGAGCAGUGCAUCUUGGGUGGGGAAGAGCUGGUACCAGUAGAUGGCUGGAACGGAUGUGUCACCCACUACAAUCCAUGUCCAGUCACCAGCACCUCCACCUCCACGGCCACCAUCUCCACCAUCACCGCCACGCGGACGAGCACCACACUCAACGGCACCAGCAGCACCACGCUGACCCUCACGGAGACGACGCACUUCGGGACCGGUGUGGUGCCGGAUGGCAGCACGACCGACGGAAUUGAGCCGCCGGAUGGGGACUAUGUGCCUGUGAACCUCGCAUUUCAGAGACAACCUCUCACACCGGCGCUAACGAUGUGCAUCCUUGGGCUGGCCGUGCGGUGA